GCUGAGUGGCGGCGGCGCGUCACGUGCGCAGGCCGGGCCGGGCCGGGCCGGGACUGCACCGCCCGGGACUGCACUGCCCGGGGCGCGGCGCGGCGGUGCGACAUGUCCCACCAGACCGGGAUCCAAGCAAGUGGAAGUGUUAAAGACAUCUUUGUUGGAGCCAGAAAUGGACAAUACAGGCUUUUAAAAAUAGUCAUUGACAAUGAGCAGCUUAUUGUGGGAUCAUCUAUGCGGCCAGUUGGAUCAUGGGAAAAGGAUUAUGAUUCCUUUGUCCUUCCCCUUCUCGAAGACAAGCAACCAUGUUAUAUAUUAUACAGAUUAGAUUCUCAGAAUGCUCAAGGAUAUGAAUGGAUCUUCAUUGCAUGGUCACCUGAUCACUCUCCUGUUCGUCAGAAAAUGUUGUAUGCAGCAACCCGAGCAACACUUAAGAAAGAAUUUGGAGGUGGUCAUAUUAAGGAUGAAGUAUUUGGAACAGUACAGGAUGAUGUUUCACUGAAUGGAUAUAAAAAAUAUUUGAUAUCACAGUCCUCCCCUGCGCCUCUCACUGCAGCAGAAGAGGAACUUCGACAAAUUAAGAUUAAUGAGGUACAGACAGAUGUUGGUGUAGAUACCAAGCAUCAAACAUUGCAAGGAGUAGCAUUCCCCAUAGCUAAAGAAGCUAUUCAGGCUUUGGAGAAACUGAAAAAUAAGAAUCUGAAUUAUGUACAACUGCAAAUUGAUAUGAAAAAUGAAACUAUAAUUUUGGCAAACACACUUCAUACGGAACUUAAGGACUUGCCAAAAAGAAUUCCAAAGGAUGCUGCGCGUUACCACUUUUUCCUGUAUAAGCAUGCCCAUGAAGGAGACUAUUUGGAAUCCAUAGUUUUCAUCUACUCAAUGCCAGGCUAUACCUGCAGUAUACGGGAACGAAUGCUCUACUCUAGUUGCAAAAGCCCACUGUUAGAAAUUGUAGAAAGACAGUUGUGGAUGCAGAUCAUUAGAAAGAUUGAAAUAGAUAAUGGUGAUGAGUUAACUGCUGACUUCCUUUAUGAAGAGGUUCAUCCAAAACAACAUGCUCACAAACAAAAUUUUGCUAAGCCAAAAGGUCCUGCAGGGAAGAGGGGAACACGAAGACUGAUUAGAGGUCCAGCAGAGACUGAAACGCAUAGUGACUAGAAACUGUUGUGUUUGUUAUAAAGCAUUACAGUAAGAAAUGAAAUUGUUGCUUUUGGUAAUGAACUGCAAUCAUUCCAUUUAUAGAUGCUAGGGAAAAAAAAGCAGCUCUUUUUACUCUUCUGACCUCAACACUUUUUAUAUUGUUACAUGAUUAUAUUUUUCUUGGCCAUGUUUUACAACAUGUGGAAGAGCUAGUUAUUUUAAAUCUAGAAGAGGAAAACUAAGCUAGUGCACCUUUAUUUUAAAUUAGAAUGCAUUUUUAAUAGCUGUAUCUGUGAUCAUAAACUUUGCAAACAUAAGACUGUUAAGCUGCUGUAUUCUCUAAGUUACAGCUGUAUGGCUAGAGAACAAACCUGUAUUCUUAUGAGUAGCCUAUUGAGUUAACCCCCAAGAGGUACUGUUGAGGUAACCCCCAAGAGUUACUGUGUGAGGAGAGAUGGAAGAUGUAUAUAGCAUUGUCCCACAUAUAUUUUUCCUUGUAGCUGUUAUGCAGAGUAGUACAGCAGCACCUUUUCUUCUGGUUUUGACAUGAUACAUUGUUGAGUUGUAUUGUUUUGUUUAAUAGCAUAAACUAAAUUCAAUUAUCCAUCAUAUAAUGUGUUCAGAAAUAUCUGGAUAUUUUCCCAUGCAAAAGCAUGGUAAUUUCAAAUUUAUGAAUAAUGUUGUGGAAUUGUCUUUUAAAGAAAUCUGACAUCAAACCACUAUAGCUUUUCCAGACUUCUAUACCACUUGUAAGCCUUACAUACUAAGUACUGAAUGACCAAGUAAAUGGUUAUUAAAAGUGCAUGAGUUAGUAUACUCAGUAGAUUAUGGAGCUGCUUUCAAAGCAAUAUGCUUGAAGUUUCUAAUAAAUAAUUGAUUAUCUGUGCACUUGGAUUAAAACUGUAAAUUUAGGAACAAUUGGAAUAGAUCUGCUUCAUAAUGGUUAUUCUUAAGAGUCUAGUCCAUUUGCAGUAUCAACUGCAAUUUUAACUUUCAAAGUAUUCUGAAAAUUACUUUUCAGAAAUGUUUGAACUUUAAUAGCAACUUAAAUCUGUAACAAAAUCCAGCUAGGUCUUGAGUAACUGCUGCCAGCACCUGGUUAGGAUUUUGUUUGUUGUUUUUUUUCCCCUUCUCCAAGAGUAAAAUCAGCCAGAAUAGUCUAAACUUGAUUGAACCAUGAGUAAUGUGUUUAAUAGGAAAAGGAAAAAUAGAUUAUUUUAGUAAGUGGAUUAAAUGAGAAUUAGAUGUGGAAAUUAAGUAUUGGAUGACCUUAAAUAUUUAAAAUACUGUAAUGAGGCCAAUACUAGUGGAUAGAUUAUAUUCCCCAGUAGGGACUUGCUUUUUAGUGUCUUCUAUGUGAGCUUUGUGCUUUUUUGAGUUCAUUGGGGUUUUUUUAAAGCUUUGUGGGACUUGCAAGUCCUGGUUCACUGCAUAUUAUUGUAGAUGCUGGGUGUACACAUUAUAUAGCUGAAUAAUGUGUUUACCUGGUGGAAGGUAGAUUUUUAACCUAGUUUUGUAGGGAAAAUUAUGCUUUGACACUAUUAGUUCCUGAUAAAAUUUGUUUUAUCUUAAUAUAUAUUAUUUUGUUUGGAGAUACUAGCCUGUUAUUGACAUCUGAGAUUGCACUAUAUAAUGUGAAGAUUGCAAUAGUUGGUUUUACUGUGGUUUUUUUAUCUACAGUAGAAAUUCGACACCUCAGCUUUUUUCAUUUAAUCUCAUACACUACAUCCAUCCAAUUUGAUAGCUCUUGAUCCUCAACUAAUCUCCUGCUUGCCCUUAGCUACUGUGUUCUUUUUCUGCCUCCUGCCUUCUCCCUCUAGGGCAAGGAGCUGGUCUUUGAAAUGUUUCUUCAAUGUACUACCUGUCAGGCAAGCGUCCUCGUGUUUUAAACAUGACUAACGUGUGGCUCACUGUGCACUGUAAUUAAAUGUAUUUUUAUUUGAACUCUGAAUCUUUUCAGCAUAUGUAAUUCACUUUGGGUAUGGGUUUUGGAGGUUUUGUUUUUGAAGGAAAACCUUUUAGUGUAGCAGUUAAAAAUUACUGCUAGAGGGUUGUUUGAAUUUAGUAUUUCUGCCUGUGUGUCAGCCAUACCAAGAGUGCACGUACAUUUUUUACACUUACUUGAGCCAUUAGAGAAGUUCAGUUUUUUAGUACCAAAUGUUUUAGACAAUGAACAGUUUGACCUGACAAGGUUAAGUGCAUGUUGUGUUUUGUUUUUUUUUCCCCUAAUCCUACCCUAGGGAGAUGAGGGUAGGAGGUAGGAAGCUUAAUCUGGAGGAUGGUGAGAGCUGGUUAAGUGAUUAUGUGAGGGAGUUUAUAAGGAGCUGCUUUAUAGUUUGGCCCAGACCAGACAUAGUAAAUUAUCUUGAAAAUAUUCUAUGUGGGGGUGUACAAACCCCUGAUCAGCCAGAAGACAGCAAUGUCCUGAGCAUGUUUCCCACUCACCUCUUCCCUAAAAAAGAAUUAUAUGAAGUCUUGCACUGCCAAUGGCCUCUCCAGGGCUCUUGUAGUUGUUCUCCUGACAAAGCAAUAAGAAGCUUCUGAUCUUUUUGUGAGAUUUAUCACGUUUACAUCUGCAUAGUUGCCUCACAUAACACACUAUUGUUACUUAGUGGUCAGAGCCAGCAUAAAAUGAGGGCAUUAAAGAAAGUUACUCUUUUACUGUCUCUGAUAAUUUAAUAAUUGAAAGUGUCCAUUCAAAGUUAUUGUUGGCCUUCAUAAAGCCCAGGAGCAAUGCAUCUGCUUGGAGUUAACUAACAAACUAUUAAGUACUUGUUAACUAACAUGAAAGGUAGUAAUUUUUAGAAUGUUUAUGUUGCAAGGUAGAGAGAAUUUGAUGUUUUAAAAGACUCUAAUCAGUGGUUUGUAAAACUAGUCAAGGUAAUAAUUGCUCUCUUACUUCAAUAGACACAUUGACCAACACAAUUUUUGAUUUAUGGUAUCUAUAUAUUCAAUGAAAAUGCUCAAUUCAAUUCAACUCAAUUCAGAUGCUCAAAUUAACUAAGUUUACUGUAUCUGUUUUCUAAUUUACUUUAUAAAUAAAGAUUGAUGCUUUA